GUCACCGUCUCUUGUGUUAGCACGAAACCUAACUUAAGUCAACGAAUUCUCUGUACUGCCUUAUAUAAUUAGGCUCCCCGAAGAGAGAAAAGGAAGCAAAAAGACAUAAGCGAUAAAAUGGCAACUAUUAUCAACUUCUCUGCCAUUCUUCUCACACUCUUACUGGUCUCCGCAGGACUAACGGAGAAAGGAGAAGCGCAAGAGCAAGGGUGCGAGUGGGAAUGCAAGCGUCUACCAAACUUCAAGUGUUGGAUGAAAGAAGCCGGGGAAAAGCUCUGCAGCGACGUGUGCAAGUACGAAGGAGGCGUUCGCGGCGUUUGCGUCUCAAACGCCGCCACUGAUACCCACCGUUGUCUCUGCCGCAAAAGCGGAUGCUCCUAAUUAAGCCUCCACCCCCUUCACCGUCUCGUUUCAUGUAUAAUAAUUACUUAUGCACGUGUCCAGCAGACAUGAGCAGAGUAAUAAAAGAAUAUUUUUGAUGCGGGUGUGAUCAAUUGCUUUCUGCGGUGAUCGUUUUUAUUUUUAUUUUAAGAAGUAAAAAGAAACAACAAGAAACAGCGGUGCAUUGUAACCCUACACACAACGUUGAUAACGUCGUCUCUCGAGAUACCUCGAACAUUAUACUUUUUUUUUAUUCUCUCUCUAUAUAUUUCAUACUCAAAAAGACAGAAAACAUAAUUAACUUGUGUCCACGUUCGCAUCUUCUUCUUCUUCUUCUCCAUCCCCCUCCGAGUUGUGGUGGUUGUUCAUCAGUAGUUCCUCCCAGAACCCGUCGUCGAGUUCCCUCCCCACGUCCUCAAUCCGUUGGCGUCCAUACCCUUGCAUCUCUAGCGCCAGAGCCUCCAGCUCCGACACGUGUUCCACCGGCUCCAGUUUGACCUGGUCGAUCGCAGCCUCCUCAAGCUCUUUCCUCUGCUGCUCGAGUAGCUUCUGCAGAAGAGUAGGGUUCUGCACCGCGCUCCUCAGGAACGACAUCAUAUGUCUCUGUUUCUUCUCUGCUCCAUUAAUCCUCUGCUCCAUGUCUUGGAUGUAGCCCCUCGCUCUUUGCUCCUGCUGUCUGAGCCUCGAUAUCUCCAUCAUCAGGGCAUGCCUCUCUUGUCGGAGCUCGAGGCAGGGGUCGUGACCGUCGUCGGGUUGGGAGUGAUGGAGCGAGGGAGGGACAGAAGAGGAGGUUCGUCGCUUGAUGCUUUUGAGAAGGUCUCUUUGUCCCAUCAAGAAACCUUCAUUCAUAAACUCCCAUCUCUCUGCCUCGAUCUUUCUGAAUCCCUGAGGAUCAAGAUUAGAAAAAAAGGUAGAGUAAGUUUUCGCUCGCCAUGUCCUCUUAUAUAGUAACACCAGAGCAUUAAUCUUCCACUGUAAAAGAAAACAACCUUCAAUAUUAUAUUAUUUUUUCUAUUUUAAAUUAGUAGAAGAAAAAAAAAUGGCGGUUUGGAUAGGGGGAAUAAGUGUCGAUCUAUUGAAUAUUUUAUUUCAAGUGGAUAACUGG